CCUCCCCGGCCCCCGCCCGCCCGCCUGCCCGCCGCCCCCAUGGCGCCCCGGGCCCCCACUGCACGGGGCCACUAGGACCCUCGGCGUCCCCUUCCCUUCCCCGCCCUGCCCCCCUCUCCCGCGGCGCGAACCCGGGUGUCCACGGCGCCCAGCUUUUGAGCUCGCGUCCCCAGGCCAGCGGGGGGGGAGGGGAAGAGAGGGGACCCCGGGACCCCCGCCCCCCCCACCCGGCCGCCCAGUCCCCCGGGAUCCGGAGAAAAUGUCUUCGCGGACGGCGCUGGCCCCGGGCAACGAUCGGAACUCGGACACGCAUGGCACCUUGGGCAGUGGCCGCUCCUCGGACAAGGGACCGUCCUGGUCCAGCCGCUCCCUGGGUGCCCGCUGCCGAAACUCCAUCGCCUCCUGUCCCGAGGAGCAGCCCCACGUGGGCAACUACCGCCUGCUGAGAACCAUUGGGAAAGGCAACUUUGCCAAAGUCAAGCUGGCCCGGCACAUCCUCACCGGACGGGAGGUCGCCAUCAAGAUCAUUGACAAAACCCAGCUGAACCCCAGCAGCCUGCAGAAACUGUUCCGGGAAGUCCGCAUCAUGAAGGGCCUAAACCAUCCCAACAUCGUGAAGCUCUUCGAGGUGAUCGAGACGGAGAAGACGCUGUACCUGGUGAUGGAAUACGCAAGUGCCGGAGAAGUGUUUGACUACCUCGUGUCCCACGGCCGCAUGAAGGAGAAGGAAGCUCGAGCCAAGUUCCGACAGAUUGUGUCAGCCGUGCACUAUUGUCACCAGAAAAACAUUGUACACAGGGACCUGAAGGCUGAGAACCUCUUGCUGGAUGCCGAGGCCAACAUCAAGAUCGCUGACUUUGGCUUCAGCAACGAGUUUACGCUGGGCUCAAAGUUGGACACGUUCUGUGGGAGCCCCCCGUACGCCGCGCCGGAGCUGUUCCAGGGCAAGAAGUACGACGGGCCAGAGGUGGACAUCUGGAGCCUCGGCGUCAUCCUGUACACCCUCGUCAGUGGCUCCCUGCCCUUCGAUGGGCACAACCUCAAGGAGCUGCGGGAGCGAGUCCUCAGAGGGAAGUACCGGGUCCCUUUCUACAUGUCAACAGACUGUGAGAGCAUCCUGCGGAGAUUUUUGGUGCUGAACCCAGCUAAACGCUGUACUCUCGAGCAAAUCAUGAAAGACAAAUGGAUCAACAUCGGCUAUGAGGGUGAGGAGUUGAAGCCAUACACAGAGCCCGAGGAGGACUUCGGGGACACCAAGCGAAUCGAGGUGAUGGUGGGUAUGGGCUACACGCGGGAAGAAAUCAAAGAGGCCUUGACCAGCCAGAAGUACAACGAAGUGACCGCCACCUACCUCCUGCUGGGCAGGAAGACUGAGGAGGGUGGGGACCGGGGCACCCCGGGGCUGGCCCUGGCACGGGUGCGGGCGCCCAGCGACACCACCAAUGGAACAAGCUCCAGCAAAGGCACCAGCCACAGCAAAGGACAACGGAGCGCCUCCUCCACCUACCACCGGCAGCGCAGGCAUAGCGACUUCUGUGGCCCAUCCCCCGCACCCCUGCACCCCAAGCGCAGCCCAACCAGCACCGGGGAGGCGGAGCUGAAGGAGGAGCGCCUGCCAGGCCGGAAGGCGGGCUGCAGUGCUGCCGGAAGCGGGAGCCGGGGACUGCCCCCCUCCAGCCCCAUGGUCAGCAGCGCCCACAACCCCAACAAGGCAGAGAUCCCAGAGCGGCGGAAGGACAGCACGAGCACCCCUAACAACCUCCCUCCCAGCAUGAUGACCCGCAGAAACACCUACGUUUGCACAGAACGCCCUGGGGCUGAGCGCCCCUCCCUGUUGCCAAAUGGCAAAGAGAACAGCUCGGGUACCCCACGGGUGCCCCCCGCCUCUCCCUCUAGUCACAGCCUGGCUCCCCCAUCGGGGGAGCGGAGCCGUCUGGCACGCGGUUCCACCAUCCGCAGCACCUUCCACGGUGGCCAGGUCCGGGACCGGAGGGCAGGGGGCGGGGGAGGCGGGGGUGUGCAGAAUGGACCCCCCGCCUCUCCCACGCUGGCCCACGAGGCCACACCCCUGCCCACUGGGCGGCCCCGCCCCACCACCAACCUCUUCACCAAGCUGACCUCCAAACUGACCCGAAGGGUCACAGACGAACCUGAGAGAAUCGGGGGACCUGAGGUCACAAGUUGCCAUCUACCUUGGGAUCAAACGGAAACCGCCCCCCGGCUACUCCGAUUCCCCUGGAGUGUGAAGCUGACCAGCUCGCGCCCACCCGAGGCCCUGAUGGCAGCUCUCCGCCAGGCCACCGCGGCCGCCCGCUGCCGCUGCCGCCAGCCACAGCCGUUCCUGCUGGCCUGCCUGCACGGGGGUGCGGGCGGGCCCGAGCCCCUGUCCCACUUCGAAGUGGAGGUCUGCCAGCUGCCUCGGCCGGGCCUGCGGGGAGUCCUCUUCCGCCGCGUGGCGGGCACCGCCCUGGCCUUCCGCACCCUCGUCACCCGCAUCUCCAACGACCUCGAGCUCUGAGCCGCCACGGCCCGGGUCCCCUCCUCUUCCUCUCCCUCGUCCCCUUCACCUCCGCCGCAGGGAGAGGGGUCAGGGAGGGGCGUCUCCCUCUGUCAUCACCUCGGUUCCCGCGAGUCCGACGUGGGGACAGAGCCUGUCCCCCGCGCUGUUCUCCGGGGCCGUUGGGCAUGAGAGGAGAGUGAGGGGGCCGAGCAGGGGGAGCUGGCCCCUUCCUGGAGCCUCCAGCCGGUCCUGUCCUCCCUCCCCCUGCCAGGGGGCACCCAAGGAGACUCGGGGGGCGCGGCAAGGGCAGAAAGGGAAACUGAGGAAACUCUUCCAUCCCCGCCCACCCCCACCCCCAAGAGCUCAAGAAUUAGGCCUUGGGCAGGGGCAGGAAGGGUUGCUGAGCCUAAAGACUGGAGAAUGGCAGGGGGGGCUGGGAGUGGGAGUCAGAGAGGCAGAUUCCUUCCCCUCCCCUCAUGCUCGAACCCCACCCCCUUCCUGCCCCAGGCUGGCGCGGGGCACUUUGUACAAAUCCUUGUAAAUACCCCCACACCCUCCCCUCUGCAGAGAUCUCUCAAGGAGCUGCCACUGUCACCUCCGGUUUUUAAGUUAUUACACCCGCCCCCUCCUGUCAGCCCCCUCACCUGCAGCCUGUCGCCCAAUAAACUUAGGAGCGUCCCCCUCCCCCACGCUGACCCCGGGCUUUUCCUUCCCUGCCCUCACCUGCGAGUGAGACGAGGAGGAGGUGGUGUGUGACUUUGGGCCAGUGGUUCCUCCUUUCUGAGCCUCGGUUUUCUCAGCUGCAGAAUGGGUGUAGUGGGGGUGUGAGGGUCAAGGAUGAUGGUGGAGGAGGGCAGGACAGAACUUGGCCUCAUCCACGAGGCCCCCGGUUCCUAUAUCGGUCCCCCAUUCAUCCACUCACGUGCCCACCCACAUGUUAUACCGGACUCUAAGCCACUUCUUACUCCAGUAGUACAUUUAUUCAAUAAACAGUCAUUGACCUGUG